AUGAAAAUUCUCAAAACAGGCUCUAAGAAGGACAGAAAGAACGCGAAAGAUGGUGGAGUUAGCGCCGCGGUGACGAAACUCGCCGCGGGCAAGUUUGCUCCUUCCAAGAGUCCCCCCUCCGAUGCGUCGUCGCCUCCCGUCAACUCCCCCGACAUCAGACCCAUUGCUCAAGGCUCGUCACCCUACGAUGGGCACCCCACCAUCUCGCCGACCCUGGAUGCCCUCUCCACGACGUCUGUGUCCGCGAGUACUGCUGCAAGUACAAACCACGAAUGGGCAAGAGGAGGCCUUGCUGGUUCUCCGGGAAACUUGAUUAGCCUCAUGGGUGAAUCUCCGCCUACCCAGCCGUCCUCCUACGAGGAUUCCGGUCGCCUCCACCACGGGUGGGCUGUCCAGCGCCAGUCCUUGACUCCCCAAACUGCGUCGCCCUCCCCUCCCAACAGCAUGCCAAAUCAUAUGAAGCGCCCACUCAGCUUCCAAAUGGAUGCCCAGUAUCCACUUGAGGCCUACCAUCAACCGGCUGCAGCUGCAGCCUUUCGCCGUAGCUCCAUGCAGUCGCAGUUGUCCCACGCAAGAGUUGGUUCUCACCCUCCACUUCCCCACCAACCGCAGCCGCAUUUUUAUGGCGCCCCGGAUAUCGAUUUCGACAUGGCCUCCAAAGCCGGCUUGAAGGCUGGUGACAAAGGCUACCAUUUUGGCUUCGACAAUCUGCCGUCUCCCCACACCGAGCUUGUUCCGGGAUCGGACAACGUCGCACUGGCGGGGUACGAGGGUGGCCUGGAAGUCUACUCCGUGACCAAACGCGGCCUCGACCGUGUUGCCGGCCUCAAGGGACUUCGGGGUGGUGUGUACAACGCAAAGAUUCUGCCUUGGUCCACUCCAAAUGACCAGGCUGAGCUUGGCCCUCUGGUCGCCGUUGUUGUCCACGGUCCAGUUCUACCACAGACAUCGCCAGAAAUCGCCAUUCAAACUGCAAAUGAGACCAUCGCUGAAGAGCGCGAAGUUCCUGACAGCCCCCGAGCGGACGGCAGCCAGAAAGGAGGGCCCUCUGGGCGGUUCACCCCUGCGAUCGAGUUCUACCAGACUUCCGUUGAGUUACACUCCCUGAAGACGGGGAAGCUUGUUGACGUACUUCUUCAAGCUCCAAAAGUGCCUCUUUCAACGCCGGUGACGAGCCCAAUCUUCAAGGCGCCACCUCCCACAGGCGCGUUCACCGUCAAGGCCGAUGCUGGCAACAUUGUCAUAGCUUCAGGCGUGAGCGGAGAAUGCUGGGUUUACCGACAAAUUGUGGAUGUUGUCGACAGUCCUGUUCGCUUCGGUUGCAUGGGAAAGCUUUGGACCAGCCUUCAACAACUCCCAAGAGGGGAAGUUGCGGAAGAAGCGGAGCGAAGACAUUCGCCCGCACCGCCGCGUCCUAACCCUCAAACGCCGAUUCUGUCGCUCAACGGCAAGUGGCUCGCCUACUGCCCUCCCGCCGCCAAUUCACAGAUCGCCCUUCGCGCACACGUACCGGUUCCCAUCUUUGGCAAGGCUCCCGGCAUUGCCUCGGUAACUUCGCCUGUGGUUCCUGGUGUUACCGGCGCAGUUGACUCUCCCAUGGCAGAGAGCAUGGUGAACAAGAUCAUGCGCGAGACCACGCAGGAAUUGAUCUCUGGUGCGAAAUGGGUUGGCCAGCAAGGCUUGCAGGCCUGGAACUCGUACUGGAACAAGAGUGCGAACCAAACGCCGCCCCAACAGCCGAGAUCGCCACCACUCGCAGCCCAGCAGUGGGCUGGUUCCUACCCUCCCCGUCACGAUGCGCCUCAGUUCCCGCCAACUCAUGGUACGCCGGGCCAGGCGGUCACUAAGGAUCCCGGUCUUGUCUCUAUCCUGGACCUGGACAGUCUGCCAACUUCGGCCGUGUUGCAUCCUCUGAUCACGUUUGCUUCUCCUCUCGGAUGCAGCUUCUUGUCAUUCUCGCCGACGGGCCUGUCGCUGUUCACAGCAAGCGGCAAGGGCGACGUGCAAACCGUUUGGGACCUGAUGUGCAUACAAUACACCAAGUCUUCCCCACUUCAGGUACUGGCGUCUAACAGCGCGAUGGGCCCGAGAGUACGUCAAGUCGCCCAGUUUUCGCGAAUGACUGUGGCCCGAAUCGUCGAAGUUGCAUGGUCGAAGCCCAAUGGAGAGCGAAUCGCCAUGGUCACUGAACGAGGAACUGUUCAUCUUCUGGACAUGCCAUCGAGCGCAUUUACUUGGCCUCCCCCUCGCCGCCGCAAGGCAACGGAAGAGAAUGGAGCUCCCGCGUCGGACGCCCCUAGCUCUGCUGUCUCCAUUGCUUCUAGUGCCUUUGGUGCAGCCUAUCAUGCAGCCAGGCCUCUCAUCACUCGGCCGCGUAGGAGCAGCUCGAAUGCGCAAGGCGUGGCACACGGCAACUUUGUCGAUUCUGCGAGUGUUGGUGGCAGGGCGAUCGCUGCCAGCAUUAGCCAUUCCCUCGGCAAGACCGGUGUUGCCAUCAACCAACUGCGUCACACAGGAGAAAACCGCGUGUCUCUGCCGCAAAGCCAAUGGCUUCCCACAGCUUCAUGCGUCGUAUGGAUUACUGGUAGAAAGUACCACACGCUUUACGUUGUGGGCGAUGGUCUCGUCCGCUCUUACCCAUCCAAAACCCGUCGCCCUGCACCGACGCCUCCAAAGCAGCGAAUGCCAAGAGGUAGUCGGUACAAGGACUUCAAGGUGCCAGCGCUGCCAGAUGAUGGAUUUGCCCCUGCAGUUAGGCAAUUCAUCGACUCAGAUGAAUAUCUUGACUUGUCCGAUCGAGAGAUGGACGCUGGCAAUACGUUGACUCUGGACCCUCGUGCUAGACCCCUGCAUGCUGAUCUGAGCGCCGAGGCAUCGAUCCCGCAAGCUGAGAUAGAAUCCAGCGCACCUUACCAGCCCUUCCAUACCGACAGGCGUGUGUCUCUCUUCGAGUACAAUGAACAAGCCUCGAACCCGACUCCCUCGCUGGCUGCACUCAUGGCUGAGACCAACCUCGACGAGCGACCCACGCCCAAGCAGAAGAAGCGGCAACAGCGCCCCCAGGUCUCAUACAACCCGGUGGAGCCGAACACUUCCCAAGCAUGGGCGUUUGGUCAGCCGCUCAACAUGGUUCGGCUGGACGUUGGACACCACUCGGUUUCAGAAGAUGAAUUCAACAUCUCGGAUGAUCACCGGGCGCUUCCGUUGUCUUCGAUGGAGAGAGUCAUGCAUCGUGGGGGGAAUGGUGACGAGAUUGUUGUCACUACUCGGAGACGACGUGGAGCUCGUCAUGCGGAGGAUGAGGAUGGUUUUUUCGAGGACGAUUGUGAAGUCCUCGACUUUGCUGAUCAGAGAGUUUGA